UGUUUAUUAACAGAGCGGCGUUUACAGUAGCCGACGCUGUACAGUAAUCACGUGACAGAGCGAAUGUGACUCUUGGCCUUUAACUCUGCUGUGUAUCUUCAUCAUCAUCAUCAUCAUCAUCGUCGUCGUCAGUGGUGUGAGGGAAGGGGAGCAGCGCCGCUCAGCGGUCACUGCAGGAACACGAGCGCUGUCGGACUCUGUCUUGAUCUGAUCCUGAUGAUAUUUCCUGCGCUACAGUGACUCACAGAACAUCAAAGGAGCCGAACAUCCGCGCGGACUCACGCGCUACUGUUACACGCCAUCGCUGAUGUUUCUGAAGGUGAUCGUGACCUUCGGUUCACCUUUCUGCAGCGACACACACACACACACACACACACACACACACGCUUCUUCUUCACAAUCAUCAUCAGCUCGUCAAACUGCUGGUUCCGAUUCCUCUAUUUGAUCGGUUCGGAUCAUGUGUGAUGAGUCGGAUCGGUUCUGAUUCUUCUGCUUGAUCGGUUCUGCUGGUCUGCUCGUGAUGCAUCUCGCGGAUUUCGUCGCCGGUUCUGUCGGAGGGGCUUUUGGAGUGGCCGUGGGGUAUCCGCUGGACACAGUGAAGGUGAGGAUCCAGACUCAGACACGUGACUCAGGUGUUUGGGAGUGUGUGAGAAGAACCUGCAGGACUGAAGGAGUCAGAGGUUUCUACCGCGGGAUGUCCAUGCCGCUGAGCACCGUCUCCAUCAGCUCCUCGCUGGUGUUUGGCAGCUACAGGAACGUCCUGCACCUCCUGCAUGAGCUGCGGCACAGGAGCGCAGCGGAUCCGCACCAUAAAGCUGAUUUAUUUGUGUCUGGGUUUGCUGGCGGUGUGGCUCAGGUUUUGGUGAUGUCCCCCGCAGACAUUGUGAAAGUGCGUCUUCAGUGUCAGACCGAGCUGCCGGACUCCAGGCCCAAGUACCGCGGCCCGGUGCACUGUCUGCUGAGCAUCGCGCGGGACGAGGGUCUGCUGGGGCUCUAUAGGGGCUCUGCUGCUUUAGUGCUGCGCGACGGACCCUCCUUCGCCACGUACUUCCUCACGUACAACAGCAUCUGUGAUUCCCUGCGCUCUACAGACAGCGGCCAGCCAGGCUGGCCGGUGGUUCUUCUGGCCGGUGGUGUGUCUGGGAUGUGCGGCUGGGCCGUCGGGACACCGAUGGAUGUGAUCAAGGCGCGUCUGCAGGUGUCUGGCGUGAGCGGCCGGCGCUACAGAGGAUUCUUCCACUGUCUCUCACACAGCGUGAGGAGCGAAGGUGCCUCUGUUCUCUUCAGAGGUCUGACGGUGAACUGCAUCCGUGCCUUUCCGGUCAACAUGUCCGUCUUUGCCAUGUAUGAACUGGUUGUUCGCUUUCUGCGUCCGGCCUCAUAGAUCGUCGUCAGAUCUUUGCACACGUGAUUCCUCACUGAGGACGGUUAGCAUCAGUGCUUUAUGAACCGCACAGCUGGACGUUCGUGACCGGAAGCCUUUCUGUGCUCAGCUUCUGAGCUGCAGAAGCUCUUCAAGCACAUAAUGUACGGAGUGAAUAUUUAUCAUUUGCAUUCAUAUAUAUUUGAGUGUGUUUUGCAGUGUCUACCUCCAGAGGCGUGCGUCUGUGCAUCAUGAAUGUUUAAAGGAAUAGUUCGGCCAGAAAUGAACAUUUGCUGAAAAUGUGCUCAUCCCAGAUCAG